UACGGUGCGGUACGACUUCAAAGAGCGUGAUAUGGGGCCUACGAAAAAUUCCAGAGAGCUGCUAUGAGGACUAUAUUGCCCAGGGUUGGAUGGUAAAGUGCUGCCUGCUGCUCCUAUUGACUAUCGAAAAGCCCCAGUUCGAGUCGAGCAAUUCAAAGGAUCGCAUAUCCUUUUCCGGUGCGUGUUCAACAUUCAGCCGUUUUUUUCUUUCUAUACCAUUUCUGCACAAAAUAUUUAGGAAAAAAAAAACAUCCUAGAUGUAAGUACAGUGAGAAAUUGUAUAAACGUGCAAAAAAUAGGAUACAAAUAUUCGCAUAUUAGGCAAAACGAGAGGAAUUAAUGACUCAGAAAAAAGGAUCGAUCUCAUAAAUAAUCAAAAGAAAACUUUUCAGUUUUAUCCGUAUAAAUCUUUCGUUUUUUAGAUCGUCAUUUGAAAUUUUUAAUAUCAAUGUGAAAACCCUUGCUAAACAUUUUACAACCCAAAGGAUACUUUCAGAGUAAAAGAAAAAUAAAUAUCCUUUCCUUUUUUGCCACCAUCAUCGCACCGAACCGGAGCAACCAGUGAUUUUCAAGGCAGUGAUAAAAAAGUGAAAUCAUUUUUCGCAGGAUAUCAUUAGCCUUGAUGGUGACGAUGAUGAUGAUGAAGACGGGUGAAGGUGAUGUUGGUGUCUGGGGAUGCGUGUUAAUUUAAGAUCUGACACAUACAAUCAAGCCUUCAAAGGUUUUUAUCAAAAAUUAAAAGAACAAAAAACACAAUUAAAAACACACCAAAGGAAACACAGGACAUACAAAAUUCAUUUCACUGCUGCCGUGCCGCACCUGCACAAAAACUACACGGUAAUUAAAGAUAGCUCGUGAAAGAACACACACCGAGAAUAAGCAGCAACAGGACGACAAGAAAGGCAAAAACUGAAAAAGACCAUAGUCAGCAAAUAGUAAAGGUCCUGUGUUUAUUCAGCAAUACAGUACGUAACUGAUUUAAUCCUUUUUCACGGCGAAAGGUGGUUUCAGUGUCAUUAGCAGCGAACACAUUAUCCUUUUGGCAGCUAUAUGACUGUAAAAUACACUUUUUAAAUGCAUAAUUGAAGUGUAAAUAAAAAUAUAAAUAAAAUAAAAAGUUAGCACUACUUUUUGUGUACACACGGAGUGAGAUUCGUGUAUUGUUUUCAAGUGAAAUUAAAAUAUAAAAAAUGUUUUAAAUAAAAAUAAAAAAAAUAUUACGUUUACGCCACAGUGCACCAUUGUAGUAAAAUUCAACUUUGUGGCUUUUGUUAUUGUGCUUUUAAAUCAAAAUAUCUGUUUUCGGAACGAGUGAAGCAGAAACUUCAAUUCGAAAAGCAAAUAUCACCAUUCUUGAAAUUCCUGAUUGGCAACAGGACUAACAAAACCAAACAUCCCGCAGCUUGCAGUGGAACUCUCAUGUCCCAAAACAUUAAAUUGCUUUCAGAUAUUCAUUUGGAUGAAAUAUUUUUGUUUGCAUAACCAUCCAAACCACAUACACAUAACGUUGGAUGAACAUCCUCGAGCUCCAGAGACCAAUUUGAAUUACUUAAGCAAUCUCUCGCCGAGACCAAUGCCACCGCUCGUCUGUUAAGAGCAUAAGAAGAAAACUCACCAAACAAACAUAAAGCUUCCCUAACCAAAAACAACCAAUAGCAAAUGUAGAUCCUUGCAAAUGUAGGAGUAGAUGUAUGUAAAAUGUGCAUUUUGAAGCAGCAAUGGCAUCACUAUGGUAUUUUAAUGCACUCUCCCCUAUGUGGCAAGCCCCAGUUUGAGACUAUAUGUAUACGAGUGUACUGCAUGUAGGUCCAUAUAGUAAUUUGAAUAAAUUUCCCAACAAGGACCUGAAAAGGAUAAAAAUACCCACUUCACAGGCGGAUACAGAUCCUAGUAGAGCACCUACCGCAUACCUAUUUGAAUAAAAAAAAGCACAAAAAUAAAAACAACACAUGGUCUUUAUUCCCUUGACGAAAAAUGACUCGUGAGUCGUGAGUGAGUUUGUUUGUUCUUUUAUCCAAAAAAAAAAAAAAACAAAAAAUGAAGUCCACAAAAAGAAUAAAAGUGACUUAAGCACUUUGUCACAGAGAACCUCUACCAUCAACCUUCCCAAAGGGGACGAGAGAGUAACACAAAAAGGACAUUCAUUCCAGACAGCUUGGCCUUUGCGUUGCUGAUUUAAUUUGCGAUGAUGAUGACGGCCAUGUGAUGGAUAGUUUGCGGUGUUCUUGCUACGCGUUACCGCAAAUAGAAUUGUAUUUUUAAAUGAAUCGAAACUUCCGUUUGGUUGCAUAACGUUGCAUCACACGUGCAACGUGAUAUAGAAAGAAGACGAACAAAAAAUUCUUGCUCUAGCAAGUUGGAAUACAUAAACUUACCUACCUGGCACUCUAAUCGGUAUUGGAAGGACUUCAACAACAUAUUUUUCACCAUCACAUUUUCACAUCACAUAACACAUAACAUAGAGUCCUGUUCGUAUAGUGAGAAGAAGAAAAAUUUAUAGUCAACAUGUUGCCGACGAACGUGAUGUCAUUUAUGAAGAAGAUGGUGGCACAGGAUGAAGCACAAACACAAAAUGCUCCUGACACAGGAGGAACUUUUGGGAAAUUAAAACAAACUUUAUCGUCAUCCCUGCUAACUGCACAAGAUAAAGUAAAUAAAAUGUCACCACGUCCAUCAUUGGUGCCAAUGGACACAGAUGCCUUGAGCUCAUUUCAAGAAUCAACUGGUGGCAGUCCUUUGCAACAACAACAACAACAGCAAUCAACAAACCAACUCAAUAACAAUAACAACAAUAAUAACAUCAACAAAGCCGAGCCGGGCAAGCCGCCAAGUCGUGCUGGUGCGUGCCGCGUAUGUUUAAAGUCCUUUAAGCCAGAAGACUACAGCAAAACAUGUUACGAGUGCCAACAACGAGUCUGUGAGGAUUGUGCAAGCUAUAGUAAGCUGGAUGAGAGUGAGGAUCCGAGCAUGUGGCGCUGCAGUGUUUGUCGUCGAAAAAUGGCCUCACGUGUUUGUAUACAGCAGGACUCUACGGAUUCAAUGUUGGACGUUCCGGUUUUAGAAGCACUUCAACGACGACACUCCGAUGCCAAAUUAGGUUCGAGUACACAGACAUUGGCACCGAGUAACGGUGCUGCCCUCGCACCACCACGAAGUCCGGAAUUGCGAAGGCAUUCAGAUGUAUCACCAGCUUCGUUAAAGGAAUUGGAAAAGCUCAAAGGUGCCAAAACUCCUGGUGGAGAUGGAGACUGGCGAAAAGGUGGUCGCAGCGUAGCGCCUAGUCGGUCGUCGAGCCCUCCACGACAAGGUGAUAUGGAAGUUGCACUUGGACCACCAAUGACUCGAAUGGCUUCGAGGAGGGGUUCUCGCAUCGCACGACAACACAGCUACGACGAUGACAUGAAGGACGGUCUUGUAGGUGGUGCCAUAGGUGCAGGAGGCGUUGGAGGUGCUGACUUGGGUCUUGGACUACCAGCUUCAAUGCCACGAAGAAAAUCAGCAUAUGACGUCUUUGCUCCUGGAAUUCUUCAGGCAGCUGCUCAAUCAGCCCUCGCUAGAUCCCCUGCCGAGGGAGUUACUCCACACAUUGCCCAACCUGGAUCAAGACGACCAUCUUUCCGAGUGCCACAUCCAUCCGAAAUGGAUAUACCAACAAACGACGAUUCGCCAAGCAGUCCCGAUAAAGGCUCUCCAACAUUAGGCAUCGACGAUGACAGGCGGAUGCGUCGAAGAGGAUCCCAAUUACCCGAUUUGGCAGCGCUACGUGACCGUGGUGCUCUUCCACCUAGUCUGGCAGCUGCUAUCCCACCACCGAUGGCAUCGUUUACUGGACCAAACCUUGAAGACCUAGAAGCUCCACGACGGCAAACAUCGAUGGACGGAGAGGCAAUUAAGAUUGUUAUUCAUGAUGUCGACUCGGGACCAAUAUGCUCAUCGAAGCGACGCAUCGUCCUCCGCAAGGAUCCCACAGACAAGGCUCAUAGAACGCGAGGCUUUGGAAUGCGAGUUGUUGGUGGCAAGACCGGGGCUGAUGGAAGACUCUUUGCUUACAUUGUUUGGACAGUGCCUGGGGGACCAGCUGAAAAGAAUGGAUUACAACAGGGUGAUAAGAUUCUUGAAUGGAACAGCAUGUCUCUUAUCGAUCGCAGUUUCGAAGAAGUCUGCUCGAUAAUGGAUCGCACUGGAGAUAUUGUAGAGUUACUUGUUGAACAUGCAACAGAUUUCCGUAUGUGUGAUUUGUUUGAUGAAAAUUUACCGCCUGGCAACAGUGGUGGCAAUCAAAGCGGGCCACGUAAAUCAGGUGAUGGACCUGUUGGACUGGGUCUUGUUGCUGACCCUGAAACUACAGACAAAUCUCCGGCAUCACCAACAAGACGGAAACUACCCAAAACUCCGGAACAAAUUGCCCGCGAGAAGCAGGUUACCGGACGAGUUCAGAUUCAAGUGUGGUAUCAUGCGGAACGAACAGAACUUGUGGUUUCAUUAAUGGCAGCUGAUGAUCUGGCACUUAGAGAUGAAGCCUAUGGACAUGGAGUUCUUCCGGAGGCGUAUGCCAAAGUCAGGAUUCUACCGAAAACUGGAGAUGGUUGUGUCCAACAAACCGAAGUAAGCCGACCAUCACAAAAUCCCAUUUGGAAUGCAACACUCACAUUCGGACACGUCAAGGCUGAGAGUCUUAUGGAUCGUUAUAUUGAGAUACAACUCUGGGAUUUGGUUCCUCAUACGGAGUCGAUUUUUUUAGGCGAAUGUAACAUUGAAAUGCAACAAGCGUUUCUUGAAGAUCGAGCUUUAUGGUGUCGAUUAGAUGAUCCGAAGGGUUUGAGAGGUAUUAGUAUGUCUAAGUCUCCAAGUGUUUCUCCACGUGGCUCAAUUGGUGGAGGUGAUUUGACUCGACUUAUUCGCCGAGACUACAAUGUACAGCGUUCCAUGUCGGACGAUGUUGAUUCCAUCGGUGAUGGAACUUCCCUCCUACAUCCUGAUCAUGCAUGGGUUGCUGGAUCACGACGCGGUUCUUCACAAUCGGAAACCUUAGAAGUUGAAGUCUAUCAGUUGGGUAAAGAUUUCUCAAGAUCUCUGCCUGGGUCGAGAAGGUCUUCUUUCCAAGACCGAGAGAAUAAAGAAGAAGAGAUGGUUCCACCUUCGCCAUCGUAUAUGACUGGAAGACGAAGAUCAUCAGUUGCUCGUCGAGAUCCGGACGAGAUAUUGAAAUCCCUUAAAGCUGUCCGUGGUGAACUCGGACGAGCCAUGAGCUUGAACACUGAACCGAAACGAAUGGGCUCAAGACGAGCGAGUCGAACUAGGAAGGAUAGCGUCAUGGAGAUUCCUGAGAUUUUACCAAUUGGUAUUGGCACAAAUGCAACAAGUCCCCCAUCCGAUGAUGAAAGUAAAAAGAUACAAGUACCCCGUUGGAAGGGUUCGGGUGGUUUUACACCGAUGCGCAAACAAUCCAUAUCUAUACUUAAACAAGCUUCGUCUGUAUCGAAUGUAAAUAAAAUCGGUCCGGAAAAGACGUCAAUAAUGACGUCAGCUGCUGCUAACAUAAGCCAGUCAGAGCCCUACCUUAAACUAGGACCGGGCCAAGUACACCCCAAGGGAUAUCGAUUGACAUCCGGUCGUUAUGGUGAAUUGAAGAUGGGCUUUUUGAAAAUAAAAGGAACUGUUGAAGUUGAGGUAAUCUGUGCUAGAAAUAUUGUACCGGUUGAUUGUGAAACACCACCAGAUACUUAUGUAAAGUGUUAUAUCAAGGAUGGUGACAGACUGAGGCAUAAGAAGAAGACAAGAGUUAUUCGACAUUCUGCUGAGCCAAUUUACAAACAAAUAAUUAAAUAUCAGAGUUCUGAUGUCUUUGGUCGUAACAUAGUGAUUAUGGUCUGGCAACGUUGUGUCGGCUUUGAACACAAUCAAGGACUUGGCGGUACCGAAGUUAAUUUGGAUAAAAUAAAUUUAGCACAACACAUUGGCGGUUGGUAUCCAUUAUUUCCAAUGCACUCAUUUGGUGGUUCCGAUUCGGAUAAUUCUCCUUGACCGAUCACUAAUUUGCCACAUAAAAUUUCAUCGAAUAAUAAAAAUACUAAUAAUUUAUGCAUGAUGGAAUGUUCUUAUAAUAAUUUAAGUUUACAACAUGAACAAAUAAUUAUAAAACAACAACAAAUUCCUGUUUAUUAAAUUUAAAUUAAAAUAAAAAAGAAUAAAGUAAAAUAAUAUAAUUAACAAAAAAUACUGAAAAUAAGUUAAGUUAUGCACAAAAAGAAAUAUGCAAGAAUAUUUCAAAGUUAUGUUUGUCAUAUUUGUCUAUUAACAAGUUACUAAGUAAAAAUUAAUUAUACGUAUUGUUAAAUAAUUUUUUGUAUAGUAAAUUUUGUCAAACAACAAAUUUUUAUAUAAGUUUAUUUAUAUUUUUAUAGAAAAAUCGAAAAAAAGCAUUCAUUUGUUCGUAUUAUGCACUCUUUUGUUUUAAGAAAUUGAAUAAGGUAUUUUUUAAUUUUAUUGAUAAACAAAAACAAUGAAUUUCCCUUAAACUUUAUAAUAACUAUUCCCAUAUUGAAGGACCCUAAGCGAAUGAAACGGGCUCAACAAAUUGAAUUAAUACCGAUUUUUUUAUUUAAUAAAUUAAUAAAAUUCUGAAAGAACUCUUAAGGUACGGUUUUCUAUCUAGAAGUCAUUUUCUAAAGUAAAUUAUAUUAGUUAAGCGACCAAAACUUAUUGGAUAUUGAUUUAAAAAAAAAAUAAGAUGCUUUUUUUAUACAAAUAAAAACCGUAGCUUAAAAGUUAUGCCGAAUCGAGGAAACGCCAUGAGAAUUUAUUUACAAUAAUAACAAUCUUGUAUUAUUCAAUUUGUAAAAAUUUGUUCGCUUAGGGAAGACAAUCGCCGAUCUUAAUUUUUUUGUCUAAAAAUGGAUAUUAUGACUAUUCCCACAAAAAAAAAAACACAAUGGGAUAAAAUGUCCUAUCUAACACAGCUUUUUUUUCAUUUGGGUAUUAUGUCCUUUUGUUCUAUGAAUUGGACAUAAGUACAGUCUUUUUAGCAUUCUGACAUUCUUUAACAGACAAUAAGUCCAAAUUAACGAACAUUUAGUCUUUUUUUCAAACAGACGCAAUGACUAACAGGUCAUAAUCUCCAUGAACUGGUAUUAAGUUCCAUAGAACUUAAAUUCAUGGACACUAUGUCAUUAAAAAAAUCAAAAAAUAAUGAAUUUGUAUUAAAAUCAGCAGACAAAAAAGGGCUAAAAAUAUAACUAAAAUAAUCAAUGGUACAUAAUAAUAAGCUAUUAUAUGUAUCUCUCAAUAUUUGUUGUGAAAUAUAGUAUAUAUUAUUAUGUAUAAAAUCAUAAAAAUAAUGACAAUCUUCUGAUGAAACUGAAAAUAUAAAUAAAACAUUAUCAGCUAUACAAGCUUAAAAAGCAUACAAAAAUUAAAAAAAAAAAAACAAAUAUUUAAAACAAAAAUGCUAUGUUCCUUAAUGCAGCACUUAAAAUGCAAGCUUGUAUACAAAAUGUUUUGAAAAGACAUACAAAAAAAAAGUCUCACAAUCUGAGCACUAUAAGUAGAAAAUUUAGGGAUUCUACCAUUUUGGAAUAUUGGAAUGACUGAUGAAUAUUAAUUAUUUUAAAUAAAAUUAUUUUUAAACAAAAAAAAAAAACAAGAACAAAACUCAAACGAAAAAUUUUGCUAUCUUCUACAGCAUAUUUAUACAUAAAUAUAUAGUUAAAAUAUGUAUUUUUCUUACUUCAAAAAAUAACAACAAAAAAACACAAAAACGUAGAUAGUUCUUCACUUUCUUAAUCUUUUAACAAACAAAAAACUAAGAAAAAAAUACUUUUCCUUGUUAAUAAAAUGGUUUCAAUUGAAACAAUUCUAUGAAAAAAAAAAUAUAUAUAAAAAGUAUAAUUUGUGGAAAAAAAUAUCAAGUUUAUAAAUAAAAGAAAAAGAAAAUAUGCAUAAGAAUUAAGCUUAGUUAUUUUAUCUAAUAUUACAGGUGUAUUUUAUUUGUUUUUAUCUUUUAUUUUUGUGUUUUUUUCUAUAAAUUACUUGAAUCAAUAUCUUGCACUCAUCUUUGAAGACAAUCUACUUACAAGAAAAUGAAACUUUUAAAAUAAUAAAACAAUUAAAGAAGUUACAAAAUAAAUGAAUAUACUUUAAAAAAUAACAAUGAACAUUUUUCUAUUGGAAAAUAUUACGCUUUGAGUUCAGACUCAAUUAAUUCUCUUGCAAAACAUCUAUCAGAAAACUUUGAAAAAAAAAUUACAAAUACUUAUUUAAAUAAAAUUAAUUAAUAAAUAUUUAAAUAUAACAAUAGUUGUGAUUACUAGAUACUUAUAUAAUAUAUACACGCAUUAUGUUUGUAACGUUGUAUAUCAUUAUAAAAAUAUAAAACAAACAAAGUUUAUAUAAUUAAGUUAUUUAUAUCUGCAUUAACAGCGACUAUAUAAGGACACACUUUAAAAAAAAAAGAAGAGCCGAAUUUACGGGGUAUGGUCGGUGAAUUAAUAUCGCCACAAAGUAAAACAUAAGAAAAAAAUAAAAUUUACAAAAAAAGUUACUCAAAAAAAAAACUGAAAAUGGUUGUGCAAACUUGUUGGAUGAAUGUCCGUUAUGUUUAAAAACAAAAUUAUAAAAUUAAGAAUUUUUUUGUAUUUUGAAAGUUUUACAUUCAUUUUUAAUAUGAUUUAUUUUUCAAUAUAAAUAUCUGAAUAAUUAGGGACUAAUCAGUGCCUAAUCUUAUUUUUUACUUCAUAUUGCGGUGGUGGUUUAAUAUUUCUCUGUUUACAUUUUUGUUGAAUCUUUUGUUUAGAGUAGACAGCGGUUUUAAUCAAUUUUUGAGUUUUUUCUCAUAUUUUUUUAAUUUUUUUAAGUUCUCUUUUAUAAAUUUUACUUCAUACAAACUAAAAUUAAAAAUAUAAUUAUAUUGCUUCUCUCUAGGCAAACAAAAAAUUAUACAAUACAAAUUAUUUAAAAUUAUUAUCAAGUAUAUUUUUAAUUUAAAAAUAUAAAAUAUACGCUCUGGUAGUUUGUAUAGUUUUACUACCGCGCUAUUGCAUCUGAAAACUGUAAAAAAACACCAUAUCAAUUUUAGUUAAAAUACAAAAAAAGAAAAACAAAUAAAAAAUAAUUAUAAAAAUAAAUUAUUAUGAGAAAUAAAGUUAUUUUAAUGAUAUAAAGAUAUAAAUAUAUAUAUAAAUAUAAAAUAAAAAUAAACUGAUAUAUUUAAAUGUG